AUGGCUAGCCCUAUUGUUCUCACCUUUGAUGCUGAGGGGCGUGUGGUUGACUUUGACGUUUGGGUUGACGACCUGCAGCUCUUUCUUCAGUGUGACUCUAGGGAUGGGGUAUCCCUUUUCGAUCACACGUCCGGUGUCUCUACUGCACCUGCUGCCACUGCUGACAGUACGGUUCGCUCGCAGUGGACCACUCCUAACGCUGUUGCUCGUCUUGCUAUUCGCAGUCACCUGCCGAAUGCUGAGCACGCGCAUUUUGGCCAGUACAAGAUUGCUAGUGCUGAGGGUGACUAUUACCUGAGUGUCCCGCCCGACCCGGGCAUUGAGGCUGCUGCUCUAAGUGCUAGUGCGUCUGCUGCUCCAGGUACUGGUGAGUCGGCUGCUCCAGGUGCUGGUGAAUCUGCUCUCUCUUGUACUGCACUUACUGAGGCCUUUCACACUUUCACACUUGACUCUGGUGCUUCGCGCUCUUUCUUUCCUGACAGCACCACACUCACGCCGCUCAGUCCGCAUGUCGCAGUCUCCCUGGCUGACCCCUCUGGGGGCCCAGUCCUUGCGCACUCUUCCACGGUUCCACCUCCCCUCGUUCUCUACGAACCUGGUGAGUGGAGCUGA